UGUUUCUACGGCGGAAGUGGGAAGUAGGAAGAGGUGUACAGCUGUGCUCCGUGGCUAACAGAGAAGCUAACAGGCUAACCUCAGCGGUGAAAAUAUCAGCACCCGUUCACUAAACAAGAAACCCCGACAGCGACUUUGAGACUUUGAUUCCAGCAUGGGAAAAGGCGGAGGCACAUUUGAGAGGCUUCUGGAUAAAGCCACCAGUCAACUGCUGCUGGAGACUGACUGGGAAUCCAUCCUGCAGAUUUGUGAUCUCAUUCGACAAGGAGAUGCACAAGCUAAAUAUGCAAUUGGGGCCAUCAAGAAGAAGCUGAAUGACAAAAAUCCUCAUGUGGCUCUCUAUGCACUUGAGGUCCUGGAGUCAGUGGUGAAGAACUGCGGCCAGACGGUUCACGAUGAGGUGGCCAGUAAACAAACCAUGGAGGAACUAAAGGAUUUACUUAAGAAACAGACGGAACCAAAUGUGAGAAACAAGAUCUUGUACCUGAUCCAGGCCUGGGCUCACGCCUUCCGCAACGAACCCAAGUACAAGGUGGUCCAAGACACCUAUCAGAUCAUGAAAGUGGAAGGUCAUGUGUUCCCCGAGUUUAAGGAGAGUGACGCGAUGUUUGCAGCUGAGAGAGCCCCAGACUGGGUUGAUGCUGAGGAGUGCCACCGGUGCAGAGUCCAGUUUGGAGUUAUGACAAGAAAGCACCAUUGUCGAGCCUGCGGACAGAUUUUCUGUGGCAAGUGUUCGUCUAAGUACUCCACCAUUCCCAAGUUUGGCAUCGAGAAGGAAGUGCGUGUGUGUGAGCCCUGCUUUGAGCUGCUUAACAACCACCCCUCCCUCUCUCCUCCACUUAGGAAAGCCGAAGGAAAAGCCCCCGCUGCCGGCACCUCCGAGCUGCCCCCUGAGUACCUGACCAGCCCGCUGUCCCAGCAGUCACAGGUAGAAAUGCCCCCCAAGAGAGACGAGGCAGCCCUGCAGGAGGAGGAGGAGCUGCAGCUGGCCAUCGCCCUUUCCCAAAGCGAGGCUGAGGAGAAGGAGCGGAUGAGGCAAAAGAACUCCUACUCGAUGUAUCCCAAAGCUGAUCCCACUCCUGUGACUUCCUCAGCACCACCAGUCAGCACCUUGUACACUUCCCCUGUGAACUCCUCUGCUCCAUCAGCUGAAGACGUAGACCCUGAGCUGGCCCGUUACCUGAACAGAACGUACUGGGAGAAGAAACAGGAAGAGGCUCGCAAGAGUCCCACCCCCUCAGCUCCUGCCCCUGUGCCAUUGGCUGAGCCCCUUCCGCCAAUCAGCCAGCCAGUCGAAACUCACGUCCCUGUUCAGCCAGUUAACAUAGUGGAGCAGCAGUACCAGAACGGUGAGUCAGAGGAGAACCACGAGCAGUUUUUGAAGGCUCUGCAGAAUGCUGUUACCACCUUCCUGAACCGCAUGAAGAGCAACCACAUGCGUGGGCGCAGCAUCACCAACGACAGCGCUGUGCUUUCACUCUUCCAAUCUAUCAACAACAUGCAUCCACAGCUGUUGGACAUCCUCAACCAGCUAGAUGAGAAGCGAUUGUACUACGAGGGGCUGCAGGACAAGUUGGCUCAAGUGCGCGAUGCUCGGGCCGCACUCAAUGCACUUCGGGAUGAACACAGAGAGAAGCUGCGUCGUGCCGCAGAGGAAGCGGAGAGACAGAGGCAGAUCCAGCUGGCACAAAAACUGGAGAUCAUGAGGCAGAAGAAGCAGGAGUACCUUGAGAUGCAGAGACAGCUGGCCAUCCAGCGCCUCCAGGAGCAGGAAAAGGAGAGGCAGAUGCGUCUGGAGCAGCAGAAACACACAAUUCAGAUGAGAGCCCAGAUGCCUGCUUUCUCUCUGCCCUACGCCCAGAUGCAGUCUUUGCCCCCCAAUGUGGCGGGAGGGGUGGUGUACCAGCCUGGUGCUCCACCCAGCUACCCAGGCACCUUCAGCCCUGCUGGCUCUGUGGAGGGUUCACCUAUGCACAACAUCUAUAUGAACCAGCCUGGACAGACUGCACCACCACAAUACCAGGCCAUGCCUGGUCCUGCCCAAGAUCCCAACAUGGUUAAUGCGUACAUGUACCAGCCUGCAGGCACUAAUGGGCAACAGGCUCCACCUCCUGGUCAGGCUCCACCCACUACUAGUCCACCCUACUCCAACUAUCAGCCCACGCCCACACAGGGCUACCAGAACCAGGUCUCUCAGGCCCAGAGUAUGCCCCCCAUGUCCCAGCCUGCUCCCGCUAACGGUAUGGGUUACAUGGGCUACCAACCGUACGGCAUGCAGAACAUGAUUUCAGCAUUGCCAGGACAGGACCCCAACAUGCCCCCACAACAGCAGUACAUGCCUGGCCAGCCGCCCAUGUACCAGCAGGUGGCCCCCCCUGGUGGCCCUCAACAGCAACAACAACAACAGCAGCAGCAGCAGCAACAGCAGCAUCAGCAGCAGCAGGUUCCUCAGGCUGUGCCCGGCAGCGCAGAGGCACAGCUCAUCUCCUUCGACUGAAAGCCCUGCAGGCUGCAGGCUCCAACACACUACACCUUCUCUCCUCCUUUGGUCUUUCCCCUCACUCUCUGGACUCUGCCCUCUGAAAACACACACACACCUCCCACCUUCCACCUCGCUGUGAUGUUGUGGCAAUGUAAAAUAUUGUGAUGAUGUUGCAGAACUGUCGCUCUCCUUGCCUUCCCCCGACUGAAGUAUGGGAAUGCGGGGUGAAGCUGGUAAGAGAGGGCACCCUUUCACCUUCUUCCUCCCUUUUUCCAGCUGAUAUGUAUGUAGUAUUUCCUUAUUAAAUGAAUAACUGAAGCUCAAAAAUAGUCAGUGGUAUUAAAGUAAAAAAAAAAAUAAGUAAGAAAAUAUGAUAAUAAUUGAGAAAAAAAGACAAGACAUAACCAUCCUUUGUCUCAUAUUUUUCUAAAGCAGAAAUUUGCAUGUUAAAUUUUCAUUAUUUUCUGGAAUGGAAGUGAAUUAUUACAGCAUAUCCUAACAGUUUGGGCAGUGAUUGAGAGACAUCUGUAUGUGCUGUUUCAGAGAUUGUGGGUGUGAGGAUAAAGAGUGAUGUCUCGGGAGAGAAAGCACAGUAAAAGGCCUGAAAUCAAUGGGGCUAACUCAUCUCCGUCAGGUUCACAACUUGUAACUUUUGGUUCCAUUCCUUCCCAUGCACACACAAACUAAGGUCAUCUUUUCUUUUUUUGGCAUGUAUUUGUUGUGCGCUGCUUGGAGUGUCUUAAUGUAGUUUCUUAAAUGAUGAAACACAUUGCAGGGAUUGUACAUUAUGGGAGGAGUGUUAGAAAAUUAGCAGGGUGGUUGUUUAAUCCUGAAUAACUUUACUUUCAUAUGUUAAAUCAUUGAAAUGACACAACUAGUGGCCAUAAAAUACACAUACUAAAGCAACUCUAAUACUAUCAGACUGAAAGAAGCAUAGGACCUUAACCUAUGAUUAACUGCACAUGACCUCCAGGCACCAGAUGCCCUGUGCAUUUGGUUAUAAGUGUCACAUAUGAGGAUAUCACAGCAAGUAAGUUUCUAUCGUGAACUCGGCUCCAGAAUAUUUGGAAAUGCUUGCAAAGCGAACAUUACGUGCCGCAUGUUUGUAUGUUGGUAUCACACACACCCAAUCAGUGAUUUCUGUAACCCUUGAGUUUCCAUCUGUGAACUUUAUUUCAUCAUACUGAUCUGUCUGACUUUAAAAGUAAUUUUAAAAUUAUAUUUAAUAAAUAUCUGGUUCUUAUUGUC